AGAACGGGCAGGGCUAAUCCGCGCGGAAUCACCCCCCCUCGGGCCUCCGCUUUCAUUCUUUUCCCACCGAGGGCAAGAAAGAGGGCUCCUCUCGCCUACAACUCCCCUCUUCAAUCUUCUCGAACGGUGGUCGACGGUGGCCGCAGGCUUGUCCAUGGUCCGGCGAGGACUGACGACGGCCGGCCAAUCGAGGUAUUAUAAGUAAGGAGAGGAAAAGGACAAAACAGUAACCCUAAAAGAGCGCAGAUGAAAGACGAAAUCAGAGAAGGAGAUAAAGGGAGGAGCUUCCCAUUGGAUCCCAAUCUUCCUAGAUGGGUUUGCCAGAACUGCCGCCAUGCCCUCUGCAUAGUUGGGGUUGAAUCCUAUGCUGACAAGUUCUUCAAUGACCCUUCUCGCUCUGGAAUGCAAGUCUCUUCGGUCCAAGGGAGUGUGAUGGGAUCUAGUCGAAUGGACCAUUCAUUUGUUGUGUUGCCAAAACAAAAAGCUCAGGGUCAUGGGUUCCCGCCCCGCUCUCGUGGUGGGCUUCCACAUUCUGAGACUAGCCAGUUAACAAAGGCAAUGGAGGAAUCUUUUGUUGUCUUGCCACCUGCUGCUGCUUCCAUGUACAAGGGUGAGUCUACAUCCGAGGGAGGAGGGGUCCAAAUACCAGCAUAUGGCGAGAACCCAAGUAAUCCUUUGCAAGCAAACAAUGGAGGGUUUCACUCAACCAUAACUGUCUUGAAGAGGGCAUUUGAUAUUGCAACAUCCCAAACACAGGUUGAACAACCUCUUUGUUUGGAAUGCAUGCGGGUGCUGUCAGAUAAACUAGAUAAAGAGAUUGAAGAUGUGAAUAGAGACAUAAAAGCUUAUGAAGCGUGUUUGCAACAUUCUGAGUUGGAGUCAUAUGCUGUUCUCAGCGAGGCUGGCUUUCUUGGGGAGAAGGAGAAGAUUGAGGAAGAAGAGAGAAGACUUGAAGCUGCAAUUGAGGAAACUGAGAAGCAGUUUUCAGAAGUAAAGGUUGAAAUGAAGGAGUUAGAAGCAAAAUCCAAGCUCUUCAAGGACUUAGAGGAACGUUAUUGGCAUGAGUUCAACAAUUUCCAGUUCCAGCUGAUAUCUCAUCAGGAAGAGAGAGAUGCAAUUUUGGCUAAGAUAGAAGUUUCUCAAGCACAUCUUGAAUUGCUGAAACGCACCAAUGUGCUGAAUGAUGCCUUUCUUAUUUGGCAUGAUGGUGAAUUUGGAACUAUUAACAAUUUCCGACUUGGCCGCCUUCCUAAGAUACCGGUUGAGUGGGAUGAGAUAAAUGCUGCUUGGGGCCAGGCAUGUCUUCUUCUGCACACAAUGGCAUCUUAUUUUCGGCCAAAAUUUUCAUAUCGAAUCAAGAUUAUUCCAAUGGGAAGUUACCCUCGCAUUAUGGACAACAAUAACAAUACAUAUGAAUUGUUUGGCCCUGUGAAUUUAUUUUGGAGCACUCGCUAUGACAAAGCGAUGACAUUGUUCUUAACAUGCCUUAAAGAGUUUGCGGAGUUUGCUAACUUGAAAGACCAAGAAAACAAUAUACCACCAGAGAAGUGUUUUAAACUUCCUUAUAAGAUCGAGAAUGACAAAGUAGAGAGCUAUACCAUCACCCAGAGCUUCAAUAAGCAGGAAAAUUGGACAAAGGCUCUAAAAUACACUUUAUGCAAUCUGAAAUGGGUUCUGUACUGGUUUGUCGGGAAUACCAAUUUUCAGCCCCUUUCUGCAAUGGUUUCUUCUCAUGCUGAUGUUCCAGCCCUUGGGUCACUGUACACAAAACAAUCGGCUGACAGGAAGUGCUGAUCUGUUGGACUUGAAACAAUCUACUGAUUCUGAAAGUUGACCAGACACAACACUUAUCACGUGAACUCGUGUAUAUAGAACAAAAUAUAAAUUUUUCUGUUUCGUGUGCAGUUAGUCAAUCCUUCUCAUGGUGGUAAAUGAUGAAUGUUUCUAUUAAUUCAUCAGCUUGUACAACCAGACAAAUUGUGCCAUGUAGGAAAUUCGUUAUUAUUUUCAUCUUGUUGCUUAAUUUCCUGUUUUUGUUC